ACAAAAAGGUUUGGCCGAUCAAGACACACUGUGUUUGAAAAAUGGACAAGAGAGAUGGUAAAAGAACAAGAGAGGAACAAGAGCAUGUUAUGGUGAUGAAGGACCCCCACCACCUGCAUUCAAUGCUUGUCUUACUCUCUUUACUCUCUCCAUUAACUUUCUUCUCACUACAAAUACCUUCCCUCUUCUCUUCUCUUACACUUACACUUGAAACAUUUCAAAACUAUAUUCCUCUUUGAUCUCAUCUCUCUACAUAUAGUCACAGUAUAAAUAUAAGUGUCUCAGGAAAUAGAGAGGUCAUGUCUUGCUCUGUUAGGAACGGCUUUAUGAUGGCGUUCUGUCUCAUUCUGCUGCUUUUGUCAUCUAAUGUUGGAUGUGCUAAUGCUCGUCGUCUAGGGCUUCACAAGCAUCAUCACAAGAUUCACAAGGUUGCUUCUUCAGUACAAGAAUCCGUCAACGGUGGAGGGAGGAAGAGGGUACUGGGUGGCGUCGAGACAGGGGGAGAAGUAGUGGUCAUGGAUUAUCCUCAGCCUCAUCGUAAGCCUCCCAUCCACAACGAGAAAGCCUAAAUUACUCAAUCUCUAUACAUCAUGAUGAUCACCACACUGUUAUAUGCAUAUGCAUCCACCAUGCUGGUGAUUGUAAUGACACUCUUGAAUUAUUCGUUACGUCAUUACCAACUUCUCUUGUUCUCUCUUUCUUUCGUUACAUAAAACAAACAAGCUGCACUUCUCCCUUGUAGUAUGCUGUAUUUCAUGUGGAAUGUGCUUUACUUUAGAACGAACUCUUCACCACCA